AUGAGGCCUGCUCUUUUGCGCACACGGCAGAUUAAAACAGUGCAGGGUGUCUUGUGAUAAGGUAUUGGAAGUGUCAACCAGUUAGGAGGGAUGUUUCUCAACGGCAGACCUCUCCCAGAACCCAAAAGGAGAAAAAUGAUAGAACUGGCCUCAGAGGGAGUCCGUCCGAGCCAAAUCUCCAGGAUCCUAAGGGUGUCAAACGGGUGCGUCAGUAAGAUCCUGAGCCGUUACCGACGCACAGGACUCCUACAGCCGAAGACUAUCGGAGGAAGCCGACCUCGACUUCUCACUCCUGGUGUCAUAUCCACCAUCAUCCACUGCAAAAGGGAAAAUCCCAGUAUUUUUGCUUGGGAAAUUCGAAGGCAGCUUGCAGCAGCGCGAACAUGUAAGGCCUCCAAAGUUCCCAGUGUAUCUUCAAUAAAUCGGAUUUUAAGGAAGAUCCAGGUUGACUAUGGGCCCAUGUGCAUGGAGCUUGAUGCGCAAAUCAUGACUGAGUGGGGUUUUAAUACCAUGAUCCAAGAAGAGGUGAGAGAUAAGGGUGUAGCAGAGUCAGUCUGCAGUCAACACCAACCACAUAAGGACCUACAGUACAGGAAUCGCACCACCUUUACCCCAGAACAGAGCAAAGUUUUGGAGAAAGAAUUUUCUAUAAGUCAGUAUGCAGAUUUGUACACAAGAGAGAAACUGUCAGCUGAGAUCAAACUCCCUGAGGAAACCAUUAAGGUGUGGUUUUCAAACAGGCGGGCCAAGUGGAGAAGGGAAACAAAACUGACAAGUAGUACAAAAAAUGUUCAGAAUCAAAGGGAUUUGGUUUCUCAGAAUCCAAUAAUUCCAAACAGUUUGACAUCUCAACAGGGAAGAGAAGUGUCAGGAAUCCACUGUGAAACCCUAGAAGCUCCAAAUACCUACAACACAGUUACCAGGAAGUUGCAGAAGGGCUACAUUUAUCCUACAGCGACAUGUAAGACCAUGCAAAAACUGUUUUGA